CACCCCGACGCUCCUCUACUCUUUGCUACCGGCUCCCCAUCGUCCUCACAGGGAGGAAGAAGCGGGUGAGAAGCAAACACGUCUCUUUCCACCGUUUUGCCUGUUUCUGCAGACUUGUUCUGAGGCCGAGGAGCUUUUGUUGAAAGAGAUGGUGAUGUUCCUGAGCCCCCUGUUUUUCGUCUUCAUGCUGGGUCUGGGUCUGACCCCACUGACCCUGGCUCAGGAAGACUACAGAUACAGACACUUCCUGUCCCAGCACUAUGAUCCCCAACCAAAGGGCCGGGAUGACAGAUACUGUGAAAACAUGAUGAGGAGGCGAGACCUGACCAAUCCCUGCAAAGACGUCAACACCUUUAUUCAUGGCAGGAAGAAUGACAUCAAGGGCAUCUGUGAUGAUACGAAUGGAAAACCUGGCAAAGGCAAUCUCAGAAUAAGCAAGUCUUCCUUCCAGAUCACCACUUGCAAGCAUACAGGAGGGUCCCCCCGGCCUCCAUGCAGGUACAGAGCCACAAAAGGGUACAGAGUCAUUGCUAUUGGCUGUGAAAAUGACUGGCCCACCCACUUUGAUGAGUCCUUUAUCACUCCAGCACAGUAGCCUAGAGCUGGCUCUGCUCUUUUUUCCUUGCAUUUCCCCCUCUUACUGUAGCAACAUUCAUUGCUAGGAAUCCAGAAAAUGAGCUGCUGAUCUUUUUGU